AGGAAAUGGAUGAGAGGAGGCGUCAGAAUAUUGCUUAUGAGUAUCUGUGCCACUUAGAAGAAGCAAAAAGAUGGAUGGAGGUCUGCUUGGACGAAGAGCUGCCCCCAACUACAGAACUGGAAGAAGGCUUAAGAAAUGGUGUUUACCUUGCCAAGCUUGCGAAAUUCUUUGCACCUAAUGUGGUGUCAGACAAAAAGAUCUAUGAUGUGGAGCAGGCACGCUACAAGAGAUCUGGCCUUCAUUUUCGGCACACUGACAACACUGUACAGUGGUUAAGAGCAAUGGAGUCCAUUGGUCUACCUAAGAUCUUUUAUCCAGAGACUACGGAUGUCUAUGAUAGGAAAAACAUCCCUAGGAUGAUAUACUGCAUUCACGCUCUAAGUUUAUAUCUCUUCAAACUAGGAUUAGCUCCACAGAUCCAGGACCUUCUGGGAAAAGUAGACUUCACAGAGGAAGAAAUCAGCAACAUGCGAAAGGAGCUAGAGAAAUAUGGUAUACAGAUGCCAUCUUUUAGUAAAAUUGGUGGGAUUCUGGCCAGUGAAUUAUCAGUGGAUGAAGCUGCCUUGCACGCAGCUGUGAUAGCAAUCAACGAAGCUGUUGAGAAGGGAAUAGCCGAGCAAACCAUUGUGACUCUGAGGAACCCAAAUGCAAUGCUGCUCAACGUGGAUGAGGGACUGGCACAGGACUAUCAGAAUGAACUCUUUGAUGCUAAAAGGAAGAAAGAAUCAAAUGCAAGACUCAAGAAUGGCACAAUUUCUGAUGAAGAGAGAGAUGUCUAUGAGGAGUUGCUGACACAAGCUGAGAUUCAAGGCAAUAUCAAUAAAAUAAACAAACUUAUAGCGGUUGACAAUAUCAAUACAGCAAUUCGUAACUGUGAUCCUAGUAAAACACUGGUUGCACUGAUGAAACCUGAGGCACAGCUGCCUGUUGUUCACUCAUUUGCUGCUGCUGUCUAUCAGACUGAGCUGUUCAACCUCCAACAACAGAAUGCUGUGAACUACCUGGCACAUGAUGAACUGUCUAUUGCAGUAGAAAUGUUGUCAGCUGUUGUGCUGCUAAACCAGACCUUGGAAAAUAAGGACAUCCUAAUGAUAAAAAAUCAUCUCAGAGACCCAUGCACUGGCUUCAAUAAUCUGGAAGAGGAAAACUUGCAACGUUAUGUUGAUACACUGUUGUCUAUUAAGUCAGAGGCUUCAUCUCAAGGCCAAGAUUAUUUAAGCUGGAAUGAUAUCCAGAACUGCAUUGACAUGGUUAAUAUGCAAAUUCAAGAAGAAAAUGAAAGAAUCAUUGCAAUUGGACACAUUAAUGAAGCAGUUGACCAAGGAAAUCCUGAGAAAACUCUAGAAGCCCUGCUACUGCCCACAGCCAAGCUGCAGGAUGUGAGACCAGUAAAUGCAAGGCAUUAUCAGGAUGUUCUGCACCAUGCCAAAGCACAGAAAUGCAAGGAAUCUCAAGAUGAAUCAAUGCUCUUGUGGCUAGAUGAAAUACAAAGAGGAAUCGAUGACAGCAAUAACAACAUAAAAGAAGCAGCAAACUUGGCUGUUGGAAUAUCAAUGAUUAACAAGAGUUUGGAGAAAGGUGAUUCACAGCCAAUCCUGAUGAUACUACAGUCAAGGUUUGGAUUACGAGUCAUUCCUGAAUGUACUGAAGCCUACUUCAGGAACCUCUCUGAGGCCAAGAACAUGAAAACUACAGAAGGUUCUAGUGAAAGUCCAUGGAUUAAACUUGUAAUGAAAGCCAUGUAUGAUUACUACUACAACGUGGAAACUGAGGAAGGUACCUGUGUUGCCCCAAAAGGAGUGGUACCAAAAACGUCAUGGUUAACUGGUGAAGAAAUCCAGAACAUUGCUGGGCAAGUUACAGCAGAUUACAAUCGAGAGCAGCUGUGGCUUGCUAAUGAAAAUCUGAUUAUUGGGCUGCAAGCUCGAGCAAGGGGAUUCUUAGUCAGAAAAAACUAUCAGGAGAGAAAAGUCUAUCUUCAAAAUCAGGAACCAUCUGCCAUCAAAAUACAGGCUUUCUGGAAAGGAUUCAAACAAAGGAAAAGCUAUGUUGACAGAUUAAAGGUGCUUCAAGGCAAUGUUGCUGCUAUUGUUAAGAUUCAGUCAUGGGUCAAAAUGUGGCUAGCAAGGAGAGCAUACAGGAAACGCCUACAGUAUUUCAAGGACCAUAAUGACCAAAUUGUGAAGAUACAAGCAUUUCUUAGAGCAAACAAGGCCAGGGAGGACUACAGAACACUAAUUGGUGCUGAAAAUCCACCCUUGACUGUUCUGCGCAAAUUUGCCUACCUCUUGGACCAAAGUGACUUAGACUUUCAAGAAGAACUGGAAGUAACAAGGUUAAGGGAAGAAGUGGUUACAAAAAUUCGAUCCAAUCAGCAGCUGGAGAAGGAUUUGAACUUAAUGGAUAUAAAGAUUGGAUUGCUGGUGAAAAACAGAAUCACUCUUCAGGAUGUGGUACUGCACAGUAAGAAACUUAACAAAAAGAGCAAAAGUCAACUGGAGGAGAUGGUUAUGGUUGACAAACAGGGCAUCAAAGGUUUGAGUAAGGGGAGAAGAAAAAAAUUGGAGGCUUAUCAGCACUUAUUCUACCUUCUACAGACUAAUCCCACAUAUCUGGCAAAGCUGAUUUUCCAGAUGCCACAAAACAAAUCAACAAAGUUUAUGGAUACAGUCAUCUUCACUCUAUACAACUAUGCCUCCAAUCAACGGGAAGAAUACCUGCUUCUCAAACUCUUCAAAACUGCUCUAGAAGAGGAGAUAAACUCUAAGGUAGACCAGAUUCAGGAUAUUGUUACUGGAAACCCCACUGUCAUUAAGAUGGUUGUCAGCUUCAAUCGAAGUGCUCGUGGACAGAACACCCUGCGCCAGCUCCUGGCCCCAGUGGUGAAGGAAAUCAUGGAUGACAAAUCUCUCAUAAUCAACACUAGUCCUGUGGAUGUUUACAAGGCAUGGGUAAACCAGCUAGAAAUGCAGACUGGUGAGGCCAGCAAACUGCCAUAUGAUGUGACCACAGAGCAAGCAUUGACACACACAGAAGUGGUGAAUAAACUGGAAUCAUCUAUUCAGAGUUUGCGAGCAGUAACUGACAAAGUUCUCACAUCCAUAUUCUCUUCUCUCAAUAUGAUGCCUUAUGGAAUGAGAUACAUAGCCAAAGUUCUGAAGAGCUCACUCCACGAGAAAUUCCCGGAUGCAACAGAAGAUGAACUAUUAAAGAUUGUUGGCAACCUCCUGUACUAUCGCUACAUGAACCCUGCCAUAGUUGCUCCUGAUGGCUUUGAUAUAAUCGAUAUAACAGCUGGGGGGCAGAUACACCCUGACCAGAGGAGGAACCUAGGCUGUGUGGCAAAAGUCCUCCAGCACGCUGCUUCUAACAAACUCUUCGAAGGAGAAAGUGAGCAUCUGUCAUCUAUGAACACUUACCUGUCACAGACCUACCAGAAGUUCAGGAAUUUUUUUCAAGCAGCAUGUGAUGUUCCUGAACCAGAGGAGAAAUUCAAUAUUGAUGAAUACUCUGAUAUGGUGACCCUUAGCAAGCCUGUCAUAUAUAUCUCCAUUGAAGAAAUUAUCAAUACCCAUUCACUGCUUUUGGAACACCAGGAUGCCAUUGCCCCUGAGACUAGUGACCUCCUGAACGAAUUGCUGGAAGGUUUGGGACCUGUUCCUGAUAUAGAAUCUUUCCUUGGGGAAGGAGCUGUUGAUCCCAAUGACCCCAACAGGGAAAGCACACUAAAUCAACUUGCAAAAACAGAGAUUUCACUGUCUCUAACAAGCAAAUAUGAGUUACGAGAAGGUGAAGAUCAGGAUCUCAAAAGUCUGAUGAUAAAGACCAAAAGACUCAUCGUGGAUGUGAUACGAACACAACCAGGGGAUACGCUCUUAGAAAUACUAGAAACACCAGCCACUGCACAGCAGGAAUCUGAGAACUUGAAACUUGUGGAAAAACGUGCCAUCUUAGAUUCCAAAACUCCAGAGAAAAUGAAGCACAGUCAGUCUAUUUUUGAAGAUGGGCAGCUACCAAUAGAACAGAAGAAAAGGAAAAUUCAGAGGAAUCUCCGGACAUUGGAACAGGCAGGACUAGUGUCUUCAGCAACUAAGUACCAAGAAAUUAUAAAUGAGAUUGCUAAGGAUAUCCGGAAUCAAAGAAGAUACAGACAUCAUCGAAAAGCUGAAUUGGUGAAACUCCAGCAGACUUUGAAUGCACUUAACUCCAAGACAGCAUUUUAUGAGGAACAAAUUAAUUAUUACAAUACCUAUAUAAAAACUUGCUUGGACAACUUAACAAGAAAAAAUUCACGGAGGUCAAUUAAAUUAGAUGGAAAAGAGGAGGUGAAAGGAAGCAAAAAACUGAAACAGACCUCACUAAAGUACACAGCAGCAAGACUUCAUGAAAAAGGUGUUAUCCUAGAAAUUGAAGAUCUUCAAACCAAUCAGUUUAAGAAUGUGAUGUUUGAUAUCACACCUGGAGAAGAAGUGGGUGACUUCGAAAUCAAAGCAAAAUUUUUAGGAGUUGAGAUGGAAAAAGUGCAACUCCAUUUCCAGGAUUUGCUUCAGAUGCAGUAUGAAGGUGUGGCUGUAAUGAAAAUGUUUGACAAAGCUAAAGUGAAUGUGAAUUUGCUCAUAUUCUUGUUGAAUAAGAAGUUCUAUGGAAAAUGAGUACUUUCAGAUAUCACGGACUUCAUCAACCAGUGGGAAGUCUAUUCAGUACUUUUUUGCUUAUAAACAUUUGAAGUUUGUCCUUGGAUGCUUCUAACUUUUAAAAAUACACCCUAAAACACCAAAUGUUUAGAGGAAUGUAUGCAGUGCCUUUUCAGCAUUGAUAACAAAACAGAAAACCAAGAAAUCGAUGCAUUUAAACAGUUCCAGAUUUCAUUGGUGUUGGUACUUUUAAAUCAAAAUAUUAUUUAGGACACAGAGCUAUUGUGUAGAUUUUAAGGUAGGCAGAAAUUAAUUUCAGUUAAAUAUAUAAACCUCUUCCUAUUGAAACAUUUUAAAAUUACCUCAGAUAUAUAAUAUAGUUGAUACUAGAUUUUAAGUAUUUACCAAAAGAAAACCUAAUUUGUUUCUAAGGGAUAGUUUGAGCAAAUAUUUAGUUACAUAUUAGGCCUAUUUUGUGGCAGUUGUCAAUUGCAAAGCAAACUUAUUGUGCAAUUCAAAAAAUUUUAUAGGUAAUUAUAAAGUGACAAUAACUACUUGCUUCACAAAAAUAUAUUUUGCGAUUCAUUCCUACUAAAUGCACUACUGCCUCGUGCAAAAUGACAUUUUCUACUUUCACAGCCUUUGGAGUGGUAUUGGGGAAAUCUGAAUAGCGAACAGUUGUUCAGUUUGAAGUAUUUGAAUACCUAAAUUGUGCCUGUCUGUCUUUUGUUUUGUUUUGUUUUUUAAGAAAAUAAAUGCAACAAGAUCAGUAUUUAGAUUGGGUUUUUUAAAUAUUCU